UGUGGGCUAACUGGCUUAGAACGAUUGCAGAGAGUAGUUAAGGAGACAAAGUUGAAAGAAAAUCGUAAGGAAAUGUCGACUUUGGUGUCUCUUCCUUCUUCGCCUCGCGAGGACGCCAUCGCGCUUUACCGUGCUUUCAAGGGACUAGGUUGUGACACUGCAACAGUUGUCAACAUCCUCGCCCAUCGUGAUGCUGCACAGCGUGGCCUUAUACAACAAGAGUAUAGAUCCAUGUAUGCUAGUGACAUUAUGGAUCGUCUGGCUUCAGAGCUUAGUGGCAAUCUUGAGAGAGCAAUUUUGCUUUGGAUUCAUGAUCCAGCCUCACGUGAUGCAACCAUAAUAAGGAAGGCACUAACUGGGGACAUCAUUGAUUUGCAUACUGCUACUGAAGUAAUAUGUUCUCGAACCCCAUCCCAAAUACAAGUAUUUAAACAACUAUACUAUGCAAAGUUUGGCAUUUACCUUGAACAUGAUAUCGACUAUCAAGCCUCUGGAGAUCACAAAAAGUUGCUGCUUGCAUAUUUAAGUAAACCACGUUAUGAAGGACCUGAGGUUGAUCGAGCGAUGGUAGAGAAAGAUGCUAAAGCUCUUUAUAAAGCUGGGGAGAAGAAAUUGGGCACUGAUGAAAAAACUUUUAUCCAAAUUUUCAGUGAAAGAAGCUGUGCACAUUUGGCUGCUGUUAGUUCUGUUUAUAAAGAUCAUUAUGGAAACUCACUGAAGAAGGCAAUUAAGAGUGAAACAUCUGGAGAUUUCGAGUUCGGUCUUUUGACAAUCCUAAAAUGUGCAGAGAAUCCUGCGAAGUUUUUUGCAAAGGAGUUACACAAGGCUAUGAAAGGCUUGGGAACUGAUGACAAGACACUUGUUAGAAUUGUUGUUACAAGGACUGAGAUGGAUAUGCAGUACAUAAAGGCUGAGUACCAGAAGAAACACAAAAAAUCCUUGGCUGAUGCAAUUCACUCGGAGACAUCAGGCCAUUAUAGAACCUUCCUUCUUACGCUUCUGGGUCAACACUAGCCAGGCAAAGAUGGGUUUUCAUGUAAAAAUCUCAUGUCAUGGUUUUAGAAGUUUCUUUCAGGUUUUAGUCAUUGUCUGUUAAAAAUGUGAAAUAAAUUCACCAUACUGGUGUAAAACUCUGCAUAAGUUUAUGGUUAAUGUUUGUUCAAUUCCUUGGUGUA